CCGCACUCCUCUCUCUCUCUCUCUCCCACUCUUUCAAUCCAUAAUUUUCAGCGGCCUUGUUUGUAUCUACUCUUCAGCAUCAAACGAAACCAUCGAAUAAACAGAGAGAGAGAGAGGGGUUACAGUCAUUGUUAGGAAUCGCCUCUCACUCGCCAUCGCCACACUACUGUCUUUAUAUAUCUUUAUAUUUUAGCUUGCGAAGAAAAAAAAUAAAAAUAAACGACUAUCUUUAAGAACGAUCGGUCGGUUCAGCGAUCAUUAUCUUUAUUUCUAUCUUCCUGCUUGAGUGAGUUAGUUCGUAUCAAGUUUUGUGGGGUGUGUGAAUCCAGUUCUACGUAAGAAGUGCUCUACGGCCUUGGGUUUUAAUAUUGUUCAUUCCCUUGCAUUUAUUUUGGAUACAAAAUUGGCUGUAAUGCAAGGACAGAGGAGUGCCUUAGAUUCAUUUCCUGAAUCUCUAGAUCUUAACCAGGGAUCUGUUUCCGAUAAUACUGGAAUGGAUCAGUCGGCUGCUUGGAACAACAUGGAAAGCCAAUUGUCAAACUACAUGCUUCCUUCCGGUGAGGGGAAUUCUAGCAGUGUCAAUGCUAUCAGGCAUAAUUCUCAUAGUUUUAGCGGCUGGAACUUGGGUGAUUCUAGUUCUAGUUCAAAUCUACAAUACCAGAACUCAAAUGAUGGAUCAGGAAUGGAACAUGGCUGGUCAUAUUCGUUUAGUGCUCCUGCCGGGAUUGAUGCAAGAGUAGAAGAACAACGAUUUGAACCAACUAAUGCCCUUCUUCGUGAGAGUGGUAGUAGUAGCUUUGGUAGCAGGGUUGCUGGUAGAAAUUUAGGUAUGCAGAGGUCUGUUGCAAAUCAUAUUCCACUGAAUGCAAAUUUAAAUGCCGGGUACAUGGGCGACAUUGAUAAUGGUAGUUGGGAUAGGGCUUCUUCUGGCAAUGUGGGGACUUCUUCUGGAAAUUUUAACUUGAUGGAGAAUGAUGGUGGAUCAGGUUCUUUUUCAGGCAGCUGGGGAUUAUGCUGCAAGAGAAAGACUCUUGAAGGUACUUCUGCACAGUUUUACUCUGGUGGGAGCUCAAGCUGCUUUCCACAGUCUGAGAACAUUGUACGACAAACUAUUCCUGGUCGUUAUAAUGCUUCUAGCAGUUUAAGUAUAUCUUCUCCACCGGUGACCUCGCUCAACAUUAGUAAUUUGGAACAGCUAGAUCCGGGAAUUGGAGUUGGGGCUAGAGGAGUAGCUUUUGAUGUUUUUCCUACCUCUAGUGUUACUGGAAUUGCAGAAAAUACCCGAAGAAAUUAUGGUGUUAGAGGGAAUCUGGGACAGCAGGAAUCUGCUCCAUUUGAUUUACCAUUUACAGGGACUGCCACCAGACGUUCGACCAUUUGCUCUUCCCACCAGCCAUCUAGACCCAUCACAUUUUCUGAUUCUCUGGAUUUGAGACCAACCACUUCAGUAGAUGAUCCACCAAACCAACCUCAUUUAAUGCAUGCCCAUGGUCUGCCAAGAAGUAUAACUCCCUUCCCUUGGAAUGGAGCUUCUAAUCUGAGAGCUCGAAGUUCACCAAGUUCUCUUAUGCUUUCGGGAGAGCGAGGUGGUGUAUCGCGAGAUGAAGCGAACUUGAGAAGCAACUUAAGAAACAAUGCAGCAGAGUACCCCAUGUUUGUUUCUUCAACUGAGACAAGGAAUUUGGUACAAGACCCUGCUAAUUGGAAUUUAACCGCAGGAAGUUCAAGCUCUGCUGGGGGUGUUCCUUCUGGUUCUCGACUUGGUCCUGGUUCUGGUAUCGACUGGUCCUGGUCCCCUCCUGUUCCUAAUGUUUGGAUUCCUCAUCACAACACCCCAACUCAAAAUCAUCAAAGAUCGUCAGAAGUUGCUCCUUGGACUCUGUUUACUUCUGUUGGAUCUGAGUCUGAAGGUCAGAGAGGUCAUUUUUCACUGUUGCCUUCAGGCUCCUCUUCUUCUUCAGACGAGACAGCAAUGCCAUCUGGACGUAGGAGCCGGGACCAUCGUCAACUGUAUCCAAGGUCAGCAUUACAGAUGGAGGAACCGGGUGAAGAUGUUGUUGGCCGGCGUGCCUUAGUUGCUGCUGCUGAGGGGAGACAAAGACUGGUAUCUGAGAUUCGUCAGCUCUUGAAUACUGUCCGAAGGGGUGGAAAUUUACGAACAGAGGAUUACAUGCUUUUUGAACCAUUUAUUAAUGGGGUCGCUGAGUUGCAUGACAGACAUAGAGAUAUGAGGCUUGAUGUUGAUAACAUGUCUUAUGAGGAAUUGUUGGCGCUGGAAGAGCGCAUAGGAAACGUGAACACUGGAUUGAGUGAGGAUGCUAUUAUGCGGUCUAUGAAACACAGAAAAUAUUAUCCACUCGCAGUUGGAUCCUGGUCAAAUUUGGAACCAUGCUGUAUAUGUCAGGAGGAAUAUCUUACUGGAGAUUAUAUCGGGACGUUGGAUUGCGGGCAUGUCUUUCACACCAAUUGCAUUAAACAGUGGUUAACACAGAAGAAUCUCUGCCCCAUUUGUAAAAUGACUGCCUUACAAAAUUGA